UGAGAUUUGGAAAUCGUUAUAAAAUUAUAUCAAAUAAUGUUCAUAAACUUGAAUUAUUGCUUUAAUCAGUCAAUUAUACGGUUUUGUUUUGUACCUAUUUUGUUUCGUCGGUUUCACCUUAAAUUAAUCCCAUAAAGCAAGCCGGGAAUCAAAACAAAAACAAACAGUAACCGUUUUUGAUUAAUUUCAACGGUGUUUUUUGUUAUUUUGCUUACGCUAGAUCGAUCAUUUUAGCUUUCAGCUGAUAAAAGUGAUAAAACAAAAUGUGAAUGAUGUAAAAUUCAACUAGUAUCAGCAAGAGUGCGAUCUUCCCCCGGAGAACGAUAACAAUUUUUCUAUCGCAAAUAGUAUAAUAGGAAGGGGCUUCAGCAGCAGCAAUGGCCCUGUCGGAGAUUGCGGACUUUGUCGUGAAUGUGUUCCAUCUAAUCAACUAUCUGCUGAAAGUUAGCAUCUUUAUCGGUAAGGUGCUGGUGGAGAUAAUUCAACAUGCUGCCGUCAUCAUCUGGACGGUGUUGCAAGCGAUCGGACGAUUCAUGGUCGUAUUCUACGAGGACUAUUCUUACUUCGUGGAGGACUUCCGGAUCGCACUCAGCUCUAUUGCCCGGUUUGUUAUCGAUUGCCUGGGGGCCAUUUGUGAAGGCAUUAUCAAUGGGGUGAUAUCAGUACAAAAAGCAGUCGCCGCAGGAUACCAUGGCGUCGGGGAAUUGUUAUCCGGGAGAUUGCUAACAGUUCCUAUCUUUACGUUUGAGUUUGUGAAACAGGUAUUAGUGCUCGUCGGAAAUGGAGUAUGGUUUUUGAUCACCCUGCCAGCACAUUUUGUAAAAAACUUCUGGGAAUGUAUUGAUACCAGCAUAGCAGUUAUUGGUCAGUUUUCGAGAAACGUUGGUUCGAAGAGUUUGGAGGUUCUGUCUCGUAUGGGGAACUACCUGAUAAAAGAUGUUCCCCUGCAGUCAGCCGUUGGAAUAGCUAUUCUCUUUGUGGCAUAUAUGAACCCCAAAUGUAGCAAAAGGAUAGCCUUAUUUUGCUUCCGUAUCAUUCGCUACUUCUACCGAAAAUUGCUGCCGUACGGGCGUGGGAUUCGUCGAAAAUAUGUACAGUUCAAGCAAAAGAUCGUACGAUCGAUCGUGUACUUCCUUAUGAUAAUUUUAUCUGCAUUUGAAUACCUCCAUGCUCGUACCGCUUACAUUUAUGAUACGGAAGUUCGUCGCACAGCAUUAUUCAUUCGCAACUUUUUCACCUUUUCGAAUCGGCGCCGAGUGCCGAUAAAUCGCCACACGAGGCAGAACUUUAAUCGCAUCGAAAAUCGACAGAACUAUUCGAGCUCAGAACAAUCAUCGCGUUCUUCAUCAGCCUCGUCGUCGGAAAGCAGAUCUCAACGUCAACGUGGCGGAUCACCAUUUGCUCAAACUAACGAAAACAGUACAAGUCCCAGCAAAAAGAAGGACUCGAACGGAUCCACGGCCGCCAUCGGACUUUGCAUCAUUUGUGAGGACAACGAGAAGUCAGUGGUGUUGGUACCGUGUGGACAUUUGUGUCUGUGCAAGCGAUGCGCCGAUCAGUUAGGAAACUACGACAGAUACUGCCCCAUCUGCCGGACCUUGAUUUACCGCAAGGUGGACGUUUUUAUUUAGGAUAAACAUAUUUCAAUAGCUUAAGAGCACGUGUUUGAUUUUCGGAAGCAAUAGAGUAAUAAACGUUCAUUGAGAUGAUAUUCGCGAGAAUUAGCUUUGUUCUAGGAUGCAAAUUACUUUUUAUCCAAGUAGAGAAUAAGACUUGAUUUUAUCAUUUAAUGCUGUUUGAAGCAAAUUUUAUAGAAGAAUAAGCAGAGAUUAACCCUUAAAGGCGCAAGGCGAUUUUUUUGGAAAUCGUUGGAAAUAUUUUUAACAUAAAUAACCAUUGAAAUCAUUAACAUUAAACGUAUUUUCGGUUUGUUGUUUUAAAACAACAUUGCGCAUUUAAGGGUUAAGCAAAUAAAGACACUGAUGGUAAAUCAUA